AGACGCGGGAGCGCCUCGGUCACUUGCCCAACUCUGUGGCCCACCCACCUUCUGCUCCCCUCAGGGAGUUGGGGCUCCAAAAGUCCAUCUUUAAGGAGGUCGCCCCUUGCAAGUCCCACUGCCCCCUCAAGAUGACAGAGAAGAGCAUCUGCCCCAGAACCUCACUGGGGUUCCUGGGGGGGAACCGUACCCGAGCAUGUAGCACCACACCUGAGAAAAUCAGGGAAGGAAAAUGCGCCCAGGACUCUGUGGAGAUUGAACAACACUUCAACAAAAUGGGGGAAACAAAUUUAUUUUGUGGGAUCCCUGGCACUCAUCUCCCCAUGACAUACAACCCUCAUGAGAAUGGAAAUCACUGGAAUUUUGAAUCAGAUGUCUUCACUCUUGAAAGUAAAAACCUCCCACCUACAAUGAAGAGCAGGGCAGGUGGCAGGCUGAAAAAGAUUCAUUUGGAAAUGCCACUAGAACAACUGAAAGAAUUUUGUUUGUCAGAGAACUCACACAAAAAAUCACAGAAGGAUAAUAAACAAGAGAAGUUUAAAUUCUGCAGCUAUCCUCCUAAUGAAGCAGUAAUAAUGCAGAAUAAGGAUUUUCAAAAAUUUCCUUUGGAAACUGGCUUUAAUGUAAAUAACAAUCGUCUAAGGUUCAUUCUGAACCACUCACUACCAUGUGGUUCCUCCUUUGGCAGACAAGCUGAUUCUUAUCCUGGACCUCAAAGACAGAUGUCACUGAGUCUCCACUGGCCUACUGCUGAUGGAGACUUUUGUAAAGACAAAUAUGAGCCCCAGAGUAACCCAUCUUCAGCUCCAGAAUGCAAUAAUGACAAAACUUUAUUCUCUUCAACUUGGAAUGCAAAGUGUGGGAAAAACAGCAUGGAAGAAAAUCUAAUUGAUAAAAGUGAUUUAUCAGAGGAUGAAAAUGUGAGAGAUAUAUUGCUCAAUCACUUUAAAAAAAUAGACCUGAACUUAAGGCCAGAAGUAAUAGAUGACUUUGAAGAACCUUUCUCAGAACAGCCAAAUCAAGUAUUUUCAUAUCCUGAUUUUCUCCCACCACCUUUUAAUACUCUAGACCUGCGUAAACUGGCCCUCUCAAAAUCUAAAAAAUGGAAAUUAGCAUUCAAUCAUAUAGAAUACUCCACUGAGAAGCUGAUAAAUCGUUUAUUGGAGAUGGAAAGAAAACAACACAUGACUAUACAGAAGGAGAGGCCAAAGAUACCAUUCAACUGUUCCACUCCUUUUGUUCCUGAAUAAUCCAUUUCCUCCAAAGGCAGAUCCAAAAAGAAGGCAUCGAGAUAUCCUGAAUCUUUGCCUCUUCAUAUAGCUUGCAUAGAUAAAUGUAAAGAAUCAAAAAAGAAGAGAGAGAAAAAAAGAGAAAAACCUCUAGUUCUUGUAAACUUGAGAAUACUUCAAAAUGUAGUGAUCUAGACUACUAUCUAUCAGAAAGAAGCUCACCCACCAUAGUUAAACUCAUUGUUACUUGUGAUGACUUUUCAUUUCUCAUAGAUUUCUAAUUAAAUCCACGACAAGAAAUUUCAUCCAGAUCAACUUCAAGUCCUUCCACUGCUCAAACAACUCAUCCACUGGUUAGAAUGGUUUCAACAAGAUGUUUGCAGUCAAAGUCUUUGUGCCAGUGUCAUUCCUUUCUCUUUGUUUGCCUAAGACAAAAGGAAAAAUAAACUAUCAUAGAGCAAAAAAAGAGACAUUGUCAAAAAUAUAGCUGUAAAUAGACUUCUAUAUUUAGAAGAGGAAUUGUCAGUCUCCUUUAUUUACAACUAUAUGUGAAAAAUACUCAAACACUGACCAAAAUAACCCUUUUUCUGUUGUGAUUCUCACUGGAUAAAAAUGUGGCACAUCAAACCAUUUGAAAUAUGAUUUAUCACUCCCAGUUGCAAGUAUUAAAAGGAAAACAAAGUAAACUAAAACAAAGAUUACUUGAAGUGCAGUGAAGCAAAUUUUGUGAAAAAUUAUUGCUUUGUACUUCAUAUAAAUCUAAGAGCAUUUGUCAUGACAUAUUGGUAAACCUUUUGUGUUUUCAUCACAAAGAAAAACUUCAUUAAAUAAAAUUCUAAAGACUGAACUUUUGUUAUGCCUAUUUCUUAGUCUCAUAAUACCAAAUGCAAAAAAAAGAUUGUAUAACUGACUUCAAAUAAAAUAACUAUAGACAGUAUAAGAUACUUGGGCAUCUACCUGCCAAGACACUCACAGGAACCACAUGAACUACACUCUUUACACAAAUAAAGACAGAUCUAAAUAUUUAGAGAAAUAUUAAUUACUCAUGAGUAGGCUGAACAAAUAUAAUAAAAGUAUGAUACUACCUAAAUUAAUUUAUUCAGUGCCAUAACUAACAAAUCAUACUAACAAAGGAUUACAUUAUAGAGCUAGAAAAGAAUGUCAAAAUUCAUCUGGAGGAACAAAAAAUUCAAGAAUAUCAAGAGAUAUUGAUAUCAAGGGAAUAAAUGAAAAGACAAUAGGAGGGAAGAGGCCUAGCAGUACUAGAUCUCAAACUGUAGUUCAAAGCUGUAAUUACUGAAACAUUUUUCUACCGAGUAAGAAAUAGAGAGGUUUAUCAGUGGAACAGAUUAAAUAUACAACAUAUAGAAACAAAAAACCAUAGUAACUAUUAACAAAUCUAAUUAUCCCAGCAAAUGUGGCCAGAAUUAAUUAUAUU